AAUUAAUAAGCAUAAUAAAAUUUUCCGUAUUACAAUUGUCCCUGCAUAUUUAUCUAAUCAAAAAAAGUAAAUGCCAUUUGGUUUACCAUAAAUGAUGUUUCAAUGUUAUCAUCAAAAUUUUUACCUUUCUCCACAAUAUGUUGGAAACAAUUUAUUUUACGCGGCACGGACAUCGUUCUGAUUGGAUUGUUCCGGUAUUAAAUAAUUGUUAUCCCACUGGACUUUUUUAUGACCCUCAACUUUCUCCACAUGGGUGCAAUCAGGCCAAAGAACUUGCGCAGUACUUUGUGAAUAAUACAAUACAGCUCGAUAAAAUCUAUUCCAGUCCCUUGUUUCGUACCGUGCAGACUGCAAAUUAUGUUGCUGAAAAUUUGGAUCUAGAGAUCCUUGUUGAGAAUGGUUUGGGGUAUGUACAUACUUGUUAUUCCAUGGGUAUCAAUGAAUAACUGAAAUAUUCACCGAUGCCUUGGCCCCCCCCCAGCAUCGGUGUAUAUGGAGUAUUUAUUAGAUACCCAUGGAAUAACAGGUUUAUUUUAUUGUGUAUACAUAAUACCGAUGGGAUAAAUUAUUAUACUGUAUAUAUCAUAAUUAAUCCUUUAAUCUUUAAAAA